GCCUAAGAAUGAUAGAAAACGUGCUCUGUUAGAUGUGGUGGCUAAGGAAGGCUUUCAUCGAGCUGAGAUGAAAAGAAGUCAUUCUAAACUAUGAUGAAAGGACUCUUUAGAAGGAACAAAUAAGGAGUAAGAUCCCUAUUGCAAGAACAAGCUUGGAGUGCUCAGUGGAAUAUGGGAAGUCAAACAGUGCUUGGGAGCAUGAUGAUUUUCAGAUAAGGAAGCAGCAAUCCAAAUGCAGUUAUAUAAACAAGAAGAUCAGAGGGGACUUAUCCUGAAGGGUAUAAAAUGAACAGAGUCUGGGCCAUCACAGCAUCCACUCGCCAAUGCAAAGAAAGCAUGAGUGCUAUCGUCCUGCUUUCCGUGCUUUUUGCUCUUGCAUUUGGGCAAGCAGCAUCUUUUUGUAUUCCAACUGAAUAUACAAUGUACGUGGAUAGGAGAGAGUGCGCCUAUUGCCUGGCCAUCAACACCACCAUCUGUGCCGGGUAUUGUAUGACAAGGGAUAUCAACGGCAAGCUGUUUCUUUCCAAAUACGCGCUCUCCCAGGACGUUUGCACAUACAGAGACUUCGUCUACAGAACUGUGGAGAUACCAGGAUGCCCACAUCAUGUUGCUCCUUAUUUCUCCUACCCUGUUGCCAUCAGCUGCCGGUGCGGCAAGUGUAACACUGACUACAGUGACUGUACACACGAGGCCGUCAAGACCAACUACUGCACCAAGCCACAGACAUUCUAUCUGGGGGGAUUUUCCGACUGACUUCAACGGUACUGCCACUCGCAAUCUGGUUAAAUGUGUUUACCUGGAAUAGAACUAAUAAAAUACCAUUGAUACGUUUUGCCUACCGUUUAAUCCAUAGGCACAUCCACACGGGCACUAGGGAGCUUAGGAAGCUUUAGAAGGAGAGGUGCAUGAAAGAGGCUGUCAUGGUUUCCAUACAGAGCAGAUGAAGGCAAACGGAAAAGUGGAGCAUGAGCUGCCGCUCAGCCCCAGAGAUGUUGCCUACAGACAGCAGGGGGUCUGUCUUGACCUAGAAAGCCAGUGAGAAGGUACUGCAGAAUUACAGAAAGGAGGGGC